AUGAGACGGGGAAAGUUCAGUGAAGGAGCUUUCUCUGUACAAAAGCAAAAAGGAAAGCAACAAUUCCACCAAAAGAAUAAGGUCAAGCAUGAUGGAGGAAACAAUAGUGGAGAUGUGAAGCAGAAGUUCCCUCCUUGCAAACAUUGUAAAAGAAAUACACAUCUGGAGAAGUAUUAUUUGUGGAGAGUCGAUGCUAUAUGCGGCAACUGGAAAGCAAACAAAAUUGUCAUUUCAAGCAAAUCAAGAACGGAGAGCAAACUAGAAGCUUCAGCUCAUUCAUACGGAUGUUUGCGGCCCAAUGAAAACAAAUUCACUGAGUGCCGAGAAGUGAAGUUUGAUGAAGUAGCUGGUUGGGAUUGGAAAAAUCAGAAGACCUCUUAUUCUGAUUUAUUUUCAAUAGAGCAGCCUCAACUUUUUGAAGAUGAACUAGUGGAUGAUGUACCAGUGAGGGGAACUCGAUCCUUAAAAGAUGUCUAUCAGCGGCGUAACUUGGUUACUCUAAACCAACAAGAUAUCCUAAAGCACAAGACUCUCUGGCAUGGAGGAGAGAUAUGCAAGAAGAACGACAUGAUCGAGAAGAACAGAACCUGGCAGCUUGUUGACAUACCUAGAAAUCGCAAGGUGAUUGGUGUAAAAUGGAUUUUCAAGACUAAACUCAAUCCUGAUGGAACAAUUUGCAAACAUAAGGCUAGAUUAGUGGUGAAGGUAUACACACAACAAUAUGGUGUGGAUUACCAGGAGACAUUUGCUCCUAUAGCAAGGUAUGACACAAUCAAGCUUGUUCUUGCAUUUGCAUCUCAUAGUUCCUGGCAGAUUCAUCAACAUGAUGUCAAAUCGACUUUUUUAAAUGGCUUGCUUGCUGAAGAGAUCUAUCUAGAGAAACCUGAUGGUUUCUCAACUCCCAAAAAAAAGAAUCAAGUUUAUCUCUUAACGAAGGCCUUGUAUGGCCUAAAACAAGCCCCAAGGGCAUAG